AUCUUCCAUCACUCUCUCGCGCUGUUUCCCCACUCCAUCGUGUUGUGCGUGCGCGAGUGCGAGAGCGUCUCUCUCUCUCUCUCUCUCUCUCAUUCACAUACUCCCUCUCCUUCCCAAACCCAACCGGAUAAUACGAAACCUUCUCUGCCUCUCGCUUCUCCUAGUUUGUACUCCUCUGCCUAUUGGGGGAGGGGGUAAAUCUCAAUCUUCUCCUAGUUUUUAAUUUUUUUGUUUUUUUUUCUUUACUGCGAAAUCCGAGGACUUCAAUUUAUUACGGCUUUCACGGAGACCAGCGGUGGAGGAUAGAUAUCGCAGGUUGUAUGUGGCGGAAAGAUGUUUGCUAAGGAUGAUCAAGAUAUUAUUUUGCAUUAUGUUGUUGUAAAUUCCUGCCACAAAUUUUUUUGACAUCUGUGCCAAUGGCGGCUGAUCAGCGGAGAAAACGAUUACAUGGUGCGAGCAUUAUAGGUUCCAGUGCUAGACAGCAACAUAGACUGAAAAGGAAGAUUUCAGGAUUGCCACACAAUGACUCAAACAUGAAAUCUCAUAUUUCUCUCGAGUGGGAUGGUAAUAAAAAAACAGUCAUUGCUAAAAGGGAACAAAUUGGCUUAAGUUGGAGAGAUGUGAGGCCAUUUAAUGAUUCUGUUCCUCAUCAGAACACCUUAGCAGAUGUUUCUGCCAUUCCACGAGAAAUUUUUGAGUUAGAAAAUUUGACAGGGGUUCUUUCUUAUGAGGUUUGGCAGAGUCAUCUAUCGGAAAAUGAAAGAAAAUACCUUAUGGAGCUUCUCCCUAGUGGACCCGAGCCACAGCAAGUUUUGCAGGCUUUGUUCACUGGGGAUAACUUUCACUUUGGAAACCCCUUUCUCAAAUGGGGUGCUUCACUUCGUUCAGGUAGUCUUCACCCUGAUGCAGUUCUUCAUCGGGAACAGUGUUUAAAGGCUGAGAAGAAAGCAUACUAUUCAAAGUUACAGGAAUAUCAUGAUGAUAUGAUAGGAUAUUUACUGACGUUGAAAGAGAGAUGGGAAAACUGCAAGGAUCCAGAAAAGGAAAUUGUACAGAAACUAUGGAGGUCAAGAAAUGGUUUGGAGAAAAGAAUUCCCUCACAUGGAAGUGAGUCCAGAUUUGCUGAUCCUGAGGAGGAUUUCACAGCUACUUCUGAAUCUUGUUCAUGGGCGGCAGAUGACAAAGUAUGCAGUAGUGAUAAUCAGAACUCCUCAGCGGUGAAGGGUGCAGAACUUCUAAAAAGGACGUCUGAGAAAGGCUUCAUGAAAGACAAAGGUAGAAAUGCAUUGAUUGCUUCAGAUGAUGCGCAUAAUGUAGGAGUUAGACCCAGAAAUGGAGACAAAGUACACAAGCGUAAUAUCCACUGUAGUGAUGGUGCCAAAUAUAUGUCAUAUUUCAAGAUUAGCAAGAAGCAACAUGAUCUCGUAAAGAAUAUGAAGCAGUCUGGUAAGAGCAUCCAGUCUAGGUCUCUUAAUCGUGUUUUGGGUAAUCUUGAUAGUUUUCAUGUACAACCAUAUGAAGUAUUUGUGGAAGAAGAGCAGAAGAAAUUGCAUCAGCACUGGUCACAAUUGUCAGCCGAAGUUAUCCCUGUGGUGCAUGCUAACUGGAGAGAGAGGAAGCUUCAAAGAAGGCUAAUGACUAAUUCUUUGGAGCAAGAAAUGAAAGAUAAGCUAAAGUUUUCGAUGAAGGAUGAGGAUAAUGAGAACCUUGAGAGCGUGCCUCCAGAUCAGAAGGAAAACGAGUUGAAAAACAAUGUACCUACACUGGAAGAUGAUGAAGAAUCUAUUUCUGGAUCCUUACAGAAUCAAGAAUCUGUUCCUGGAUCUCCACAGAAUCAAGAGUCUGUUCCUAGCUCCCCACAAAAUCAUGAGCUUCCUAGCUCACAGAGUCAUGAGUCUGUUCCUGACUCCUUACAGAAUCACGAGUCUAUUCUUAGCUCCCCACAGAAUCAAGAGUUUAUUACUGCUGGCUCCCCACAAAGUCAGUCUUCGCAGCAGAUUUCUUCUCUUAGUGGUGGCCAUGAGAUCAAUCCUGUGGACUUGGAUUCCGAAAACGAUCAUAUCAUAUCAAAAAUAGAUAAUGCCAUUGCUGAUGAAUCCAAGUACUCGGGGAAUUUGAACACUGCAGAUGUUGCAGUUAGACAGGGAGUGCCUCUUUCUUCUGGAGCAGAUGUUUGGCCAGCUGUUAGCAUGCCCCAUUCUUACUAUGAUUCUGCUGCAAGCCAUGAAUUCACAUCUGCCAGUGGUUUGCCACUUGAACAUUCACAAGUUAAUGAACAGCAACGAGUCCACUUGAUUGAUCUAGAAUCUGACUUGCAAGUAGAGGAGUCUGGGAAAGAUUUUUUGCACAGACAAUCAGGUGACUGUUCUUUCAGUUCUUAUCCAAACCAAGACCGAAAUGAGUUACUUCAAUCACUCUUCAAGAGCCAGGAGAUGCUGUCCUACCAUCAGGAGCAGAAACAGACUGGUUUAGACUUUCAACCACCAGAUAAUUUGUCGAUGGAAAAUGGUCAAUUUGCUGGGCAUUACCAGGAGCAGCGACAGCAGUCGCUGCCACUGGAGCAGGAGCAGAAGAGACAGAACGAGGUUUAUAUGCACCGAAACAUUUCGGGGAACAUGUACUCUGAUGGAGUUAGAUACUUCCCAAGGCAAGAACACUUGGCACCAGUCAAUAUGCAGGAUUUGACUGUCAAUACCAUCCGCAUGCCAGCACCGCUCCAAUCUGGCUUAAAUGGUGGAGAAUUGUUAAGUCAAAACUGGUUUGCUGGUGAGCAUCAAGUUCAUGGUGGCUGGAGUGGGUCAGAUGCUGCUAGUGUCGAGAGUCAGAGCAUUGGCAGUGGAAGUGGUUCAGAUCAGAGUUUAUUCCAUGUUCUAUCUCAUUGUAACCAACUACGUUCCAGCGGCCCUUAUGAUUCACUGGGCUCCACUGAUCAGUUCAUUGCAUCGAGGAACUAUGGAAUGGUGGAUGGCAGUACGCCCAGGAUGAGCAAUGUUAUACCACAAGCAUCACAUUCGCUAGACUACUUGAGUGGGCAUGAAGCAGCCACCUCCAUGAUGCCUGAUGAUAUGGGGUGGAUGAGCUUGCCACAUCAGAAUUCUGUUUUACAUGAUCCAAUGGGAAAGCCAUACUUGAGGUCAUGGAACAAUUGAGAAUUAUUUUUAUUAUUUUUUUUCCCCUUUUUGGGUGACUGUGUUCCAGUUUAUGAGCUUGGUUGGAAGACAGGGUAAGAAGAAAUGCUCUGGGGGUACAAGAGUUUCUGGUUUGGGAUGACUUUGGGAUUUACUGCAGAUUCACGUAAGUCGAGGAUACAGAAUUCCAAGAUAGGUUUUUGUACAUACCUAUAUAAGAGCCAACUCAAACGCCAUGUAUAUAUCUCUAGAUAUUAGGGGGGGCAAGUCGGGGAGAAUUAGUGGGGAGGAAAAAAAAAGGUCUAGGUUUGUCAUAGUUCUUAGUUAAGUUAUAAAUUACUCUUUCAUUUUCAUUGGAUUCUUUUUUCUUCUAUUGCUUUUGUCUUCUAAUAAUUUUGGAGAUUGUACAUUUCCAGAGGCAAAUGAUUUACAUGAUUAAGAUCUCUUGAUUUUUUUUUAA